AUGUAUUCGCAACAUAGUUAUCAAGUCCGUUUUCUUCUGAUCUAUAUCUUUAUAUCGUAUAUAAUUACCAAAGAGGCGAAACUUAUUAUUUCUUCUUAUAAGUAUUCUUUCUCCAUCACAAAGCUCCUUAUGCAAUUUAUUAACUUUUACCAAAUUCUACAUGUCGAGAAUUACUGUAAAAAGCGAUUGACUUGUUCCUCAUUUCUCCUAUUCUCUUAUAUUUUCCUCAAUUGGGGUCGAAGGGAAGUUAACUCUACGGAUAGAAGCGCUCCAUCUGAUGACACUUCUGAGCACAUUUUUACUUUCUCAAAUUACACAAGAGUCGUCUUGCACACCUUAAGAGAAAAGGAACACCAUCUUUUAAUUAAUUCUAAUUACAAUGCAUUCGAUGAACUGCAAUCCAUUGUAUAA